AUGGCGACCCAGACAACCUCAUCAGAGAAGCAGACCGCCGUCACAGACGCAGCUCUCUCCCCAAGCUUAACCUCCUCCCAUGAGCAACCCGUCGACCGCGCCGCUGAGCGGCGCCUCGUUCGCAAGCUGGACAUGCGUAUCAUCCCAGUGCUAUGGAUCCUCUACCUCUGCAACUUCAUCGACAGAGCAAAUAUCGGCAACGCCAAAAUCGCCGGCAUGGAAAAAGAACUCAACCUCAUCGGCCAACGCUUCAACAUCUGCGUCUGGGUCUUCAACCUCGGCUACCUCGUCGCCGGCAUCCCCUGCACCAUCCUCUUCAAGAAAUACGGCCCCAAGUCGCUCUGCGUCAUGAUGCUCCUCUGGGCCGUCACCGUCAUCGGCUGCGGCCUCGUCCGCACCUGGGAACAGCUCGUCAUAACGCGUCUGCUUGAAGGAAUCUGCGAGUCUGCGUUCAUCUCCGGUGCAGCGUACUUGAUCGGCGCGUACUACACCACCGCCGAGUAUCUGGGCCGCUAUGUAAUUUUCCUAACCGCGGGGAUCAUUGCUGGGGCUGUGAACGGGUUCAUCUCGAGUUUGAUCGCCAAGAUGAGCGGUGUGGGCGGGUACUCUGCCUGGCGGUGGAUCUUCAUCAUCGAGGGAAUUCUUACCAUUGUCAUUGCCCUUGGGUGUUGGUUCUUCGUCCCCCCGUUCCCGGAACACUGCAACUUUCUGCACGGCGCGGAGAAGGAACUGAUGCUAAGGCGUGUAAAGGAGGGAGGGCACAAUCCUCAUGAUACCAUUACCUUUAGGGAUGUCCUAAGCGAGCUGGGCGAUUGGAAGAUCUGGGCUGGCGUCGCCAUGAACCUCGGCGUAACCGAAAACGCAAACUCCCUCGCAAACUUCCAGCCCACCAUUCUCAAAGGCCUUGGCUACACCGCCACCUCCGCUCAAGUCCACACCAUCCCCGUCUACCUCACUGGCGCCGCUGUCUCCGUUAUUUUCUGCCUCCUCUCAGAGCGAAUGAACCACCGCUAUGGCUUCUACCUCUUGGGAUGUGGCAUUCUAGCCGCCGGCUUGAUCAUCGAGGUGGUCUACCCGCCAUCUGCUGUGACACGAUACGCAGGCAUGUUCCUCAUCGCAUGCGGCGCAUACGUCGCUAUGCCAAUCAGCAUCAUCUGGGUCAGUGUCAACGCGGGCAGCGGGUACAAGCGGGCCAUAGCUAUUGCAGCCAUUAUCAACUUCGGUACUGCGGGUGCUUUCGUGUCGUCGAAUGUGUUUCUGUUCAAGGAGACGCCUAGGUUUCACACUGGGUUUAGCACCGGGCUGGGGCUGACGUGUAUGGGGGCUGCGGCGUCGACGGUGUAUUUUGUGGGGUGUUGGUUGACGAAUAAGAAGAGGGACGAGAGCGGGAGGACGGAGCCGGUGACUGAGCAGAGUGAGGUGGAGAAAUUGGGCUGGGAACAUCCUGAGUUUCGAUUUGUGCUGUAG